GAGAUACAUAUAAUUUUCUUAAGAAGUGAAAAUACACAGUGAUAAAACAAUAUGAGUAUCUCCGAUGCUUCGGGGACUACUUCGGAAUAUAUGCAAAUAAAACGAACAGAAUUGAAAAACUUUUUUAAAGACGCUAAGUUUUCCGAUGAACAAAUAGAUAAACUGAUUGAAAAUGAAUUGAAACUAUUGGAGGACAUAGAAGAUAGACCUUACAUAGCAGCUUCAUGUUGUGGAGAAAUAAAAUCAGAAUAUGAGGUAAUGACAGGUCAACCAUUUAGUGAAGUAAAGGAGUCGAACAAGCCAUUCACUUCAGAUGAGAUAAUAGACAUGCUAAAAAGCAAUCCUAUAAUAACUGAGAAAGCAAGACAAAUACAAAUUAUCAGAAAGUCUUUAGAUCGUAAUGAUAUUGCUAUACCUCUGGAUCAGAUUAAUAUACCAACAUACAGAAAUAUUGCAGAUGAAAUGGUUUCAGCUGACGGUAAUAAAGAAAUUUUAAACAAAAUAAAUUAUGAAAAUAUGCAAGCGUUAAUAGAAUCUGUUGAUAAUUACAAAAAUAUAGAUUCUAAAAAUAUAGAGAUAACACACGAUGAAUCUGAUAAUAAUGAUUAUGAUUAUACCGAUGAUGAAUUCCAGGCAAUAGAGAAGGUAGUCAGUCAAUACACAAAUAAAUCAUAUGAGACUAGAUAUCAAGAAACAAAAGAAAUGCUUUCGAAGUUAGCUGACAAAUACGACAAUUCAGAGAUGACAAAUGAAAUAGAGGAAAAUCAAAUAACAAAUCACGAUAUUGUUUUAAAAGAAUCUUCUGUACAUUUUAUCAAAGGUCAAAUAAGAAAAUCAGCUUUUGAUGAAAUUAAAGAAAAUUAUUCCGUAAAUGUAGCAAUGAAUAUACCUUUAAUAGGUAAUCCCGUUAUUUCCAGUUUUAGUGGCGGUACAGAAGAACAGGAACAUGAGAAAAAAAAGAAAAAAAAAGAAAUAUAUGACGUAGAAGAGGUCUUUCCAAAGAGCUUUGAAGCAAGAUUAAAAGACACUGAGAAGACUUUACGCCAUAUUAACUCUAUUUUAAACAAUGGUCCUGAAGUAACACGAAAUAAUACAAGUGAAUUUAAAAAUGAAAUAGAAGAAAAAGAAAAAAUAGUAGAAGAUGUUACGAUGCCAAUAGAUAUAAAUAGCAACACAGAUAAAAUAAAUGAAUGUACCCAGAAAUUUGAUGAAAGAAUGGAAGAAACUCUACACAAUGCCUUAUCUAAUAUAUUUGAAAUAACUGAUAAUGGCAACAAAGAUAAUAAACAACUGGAAUACAAUGAAAUGAAGAACCUAGCACGUAAUAUCGUAGAAGGCGCUGAAAAUUUAAGCACAUUAAUUCGUGAAGAUAUAACCAACAAAUUAAAUAGUAUGAAUGAAUUAUUAAACGAUGUAAAUGAAGCUUUGGAAGAUUCACGGAAAUCAAAUAUUGCUUAUCAAAAAAUUAAAGAAGAAGGUGAAAUACAAAGAAAAGCAAUAGAUAGUAUAAAAACAAAGAAACCAACUUACAAUGAAACUGAAUUUCUUUUUAAAGAUAUAGUCGAUAUACAAGACGAUAAGAAAAUUAAAAAUGCCAUUGUUUCUGAUUCACACAUAGAUGAUAUAAAUACUUCUAUAAAAAAAUUAAAUGUUGAAUUAAAAUGCCAUGAAGAUAGAAUUAACAAAAGUAAAGUCAAUUAUGAAUUAAGAAAUAAUGAAUGUAAAGUAUUUAUUAAAGAAGUUGAUGAUAUAUUGCAAAAAUCACAUGGUAUUUUACAUCCAGUAAAAGAAGCAACCGCUGAACUUCCCCUGGUAGAUUCCAAUGACAACAGCAAAAAUACAUCUAUAGUUGACGAUAAUAAACAAGCAGAAACAAGAGAUAAAUCGAAUGUAAUAAUACGACAAGAAUUAUGGGAUAUUGAUUUACAAUAUAAAGAUGAUAGAAAUAAGAAGCUGGACGAGUUUAAGAAACAGGAAUUAGAGAGAAACAAGAGAAUAAAUGAUUUGCUUUUUGAUAUAAAAGACAAAAUGAAGGACAAUAAGGAAGUUCUUAGAUUAGCAAACAAUUUAUUGAGAAGAGAGGAAUCUAGAAAGAAAGUUUUAAACAAUAACACGUGUAAAGUCCGUGAAUUAUCAUCUGUUGAAAUAGAUAUAGAAGCUAAAGGUAAUGUACGAAAACAUGAAAAUAAUACAUCAGCUGACGAACCUAAAUGUACAACGAUUUCAGAAAAUAAUAUCACCAAUACUUUCAAAGUGACCACAAAUCCUGAAGAAGAAAGAAAGAAAAAGCAAGAAGAAGAGAAAGAGAAAGAGAAGCAGAGGCAGCGCGAGUUUCAAUUAAAGUUGGAAAAAGAGAUGGAAGAGAUGAACAAGGGCCCGAGGAUGACUAAAGAGUUUAUAAAGAACCACUGUAGACAACAUAAAUUAUACUGCACUCCAUAUUUGAAUGACAUACUAUAUUUGCAUUUUAAGGGUUUCGCCAAAAUAGAAAAUCUCGAAGAGUAUACAGGACUUAAAUGUAUAUUCCUCGAAAAUAAUGGGAUCCAAAGAAUCGAAGGUCUAGACACUCUCGCAGAACUAAAGUGUCUCUAUUUACAUUACAACGUUGUGAGGAAGAUAGAGAAUCUCCAAGGAUGCCCUAAACUGGAUACAUUGAAUUUAGAUCAUAAUUUUAUUCCAAGGAUCGAAAAUUUAGGCGUGGUCCCUGACUUGCAUACUUUGAGCAUUGCUCAUAAUAUGUUGACUUCUGUUGAUGAUCUCCAGCACUUGAGGACAUGCAAUAAUCUCUCCGUAUUAGAUCUGUCGUACAACAGAAUCGAAGAUCCACUAAUUGUAGAUGUAUUGGCGGAUAUGGCUACAUUGAAAGUUUUGGUGUUAACCGGCAAUCCAGUAGUGCGCAACAUUCCUGCAUACCGCAAAACUCUGACACUGCGUAUCAAAGACCUACAGAAUCUUGAUAAUAGACCAGUAUUUCCUCGGGACAGAGCCUGCGCGGAGGCAUGGAAACGUGGCGGUGUGCAGGAAGAGAUUGCAGAGAGGAAACGUUGGAUAGCACGAGAUCAAGAGAAAGUAAUGCAAAGCGUCCGUUACCUUAUACGUAUGAGAGAUGAGAAGAAAGCAGCAAGAGAAGCAAAAGAAAAGGAAGAGAGAGAGAAAUUAGGUCUUCCGUCUAAGGAAGAAGAUUUAACACAAGAAACUAAUGUAGAGAAUUUAACAGAAACCAAUUUAACUAAAGAAAUAGAAGAACCUUUGACUUUAGAAGAUAAAUAUGGACCCGUAGAGGUGAAGACCAAGGAUGGAGUAGCUGUUGACAUGCUUACUGGUUCUGAGGAAGAAGAUACUACAAGCGAAGAAAGCAGCGAUGAAGAUGAUGGCAAGAAGGAUGAAACAUCGACAGGUGUAAUAGAAUGGUCCCAGCUGGAAUCUGGUAGGCGCUUAGUUCAGGAAAUAAAAGAUCAGCCAGAAUCCCAGCCUGCUGAGGAUUACUGGUAUGGAUAUAGAGGAAAUCAUAAGGAAGGCAAAAGUGGCGAUAACUUUGCUUCUGAAUUUCAAGCAAUUGACAAGUUAUUAUUUGAUCAAACUCCACAUAACGACAGACAGAGAGUAACUGAGAUUUUGAAAGAAUCAAAACAGUCUAAAAGUAAAGUUAUAGUAACAGAGAUAGGUAAAGAAGAUACAGCAUCCAGCGUCUUUAAAAGACCUAUGAUAGAGAUUAUUGACACCGAAAAAUCGAGGGAAGGGGAGACAAAACAAGAUAAUAAACUCAUUACAAACACUAUAAAUGAAGAAAUCGAAUCAAAGGAUAUAGACAUAAAGCCACUGAAAAAAGUGUCCAUAAUAGAGGUUCAAAAAAUUAAACAUGAUAUUUCUAAUACAGAAGUAACACUUACGAAUGGCGAUAAAGUAAGUAAUGAUGAAGUUAAAGAGAUUUAUGAUAAAAAACAAGAAAUUGAAAGUAAAUCGAGUUGCUCUAAAUUAGAAGCUCCUGAUGCCCGGCGAACAGUACAAAACAAUGAAGGAGACGGAGUUGCUCUUAUAAACUAUAUACAACAACUGAACUCCGAUGAAAUCGAUGAUGACGACUUGAAGCCCAGUAACGAAGAUUUAGAGAUAUUUGCAGAACUGGAAAGAGAACAGGAGGAGCGCCAAGCCAGAAUUGAUAGGGGAGAGCCAGCUGUUGAUCCAAUGAAACUAUAUGAUAAGAAGACAAUGGAUGUAUUCUAUAAGGCAGAAGAACGAUUGUCGGCUCAUGAAAUUAAAGAGAAGACUGAAUAUACGACCUAUAGACAUAAUAACGCAUUCGAUAAAAUUGCCUUUAGCCAGCUUACUGGUGGCGAAAAGCCUGAUGAGAGUAAAGUAAAGCUGACACAUGUUCCUGGAGCGAUACUGUAUCAGUAUGUAGACAAUCAAGCGCUCAGUACAGAGAUACAAUAUGAAAUUGGCGAGGAAGUAAUAGCAUCAUCUACUGCAGAUACAGAAUCAAUACAUACAUUAAGCGAGGGAACUAGCGAGGAGGAAAUUGAAUUAACAGUACAUAAUAUCAACAAUACAUCAUACAAACCAAGUACUGCAUCAAGUAAAAUCAAGAAAAACUUGAAACAUAAAGAAAAGUUAACUGAAACAGUUAAGGAUAAUGCAAAUGGAACAACAGUAAAAGAUAAUGGAACUACUAGUACACAAUUCAACAACCGUGAGUUUAAUACUGUAAAACAAUGCGCCAAUGAUCUAAAUACAACAAAUAAAGCCAACAAUGAGAACGUAGAUGGGCAUUCCAAAAAAGAUAUUAUUGUAGAAGUUAAUGCAAACACGUUAAUGAAAAAUACUGAGACCGAAAGAUUUGAAAAAACUGAAGCUGUAAACAACGAUUUAUGUCUACCGUCACGUUCGUCAUUAAUGGACGUAGAACGAAGUGAAGCCAAGAGGUCUAUAAUCAACACCAUCAAUUCGUAUGAAGACGAUAGGUACCCUUCUCAAGGAGUGAACUAUUCUGAUCCAAGACAAAAUGCUCGGGUCGAAGACUCCGUUGCUACUGAGAUCUUAGAGCGGACGCUGCAGUACGAAGAACGGGAGAUGUAUCGACAGUUCGAUGUGCUAAACAGCCACGCAGGGAAGAUAGAUAACAAGACUAAUGCUAUCAUAGAGCACAUAUCUGGACAUUUGGAGAAUGAAUACACUUUACCAGAAGUAUCUCGUAUAUUGGAAGUACAUAUGGAGGUAGCUGAACAAAGAUGGCGGGCUGGUGAAUUCGUUCGUUACGUCCCGUCUCCGCCAGGUUCUAUCAUAGAUGAAAACGAGGCUACCCUCGUACCAAGUCACGAUACUUCUUUUGAAGAUACUUUGACUGAAGACGCCGCCAACAAAAUAAAUGAAGAUGCAAAAUUGAUAACAAUCAACGAAGAUGAAGUGGUAAUGAGAUGUGACGGCAAUGACUCAGGCAUAUGUAUCAGUAAUGAAUCGAUUCUUGGAGUCGAUAAGUCUAAUAAAUGCGAUUCCAAAGAAAAUGAAUCGGUUGAUAAAGGAAACGAUUGUUUGAACGUCUCGGGAGAUGACGUUUUUGAAGAUUGUGUCGAUAAUGAUUUUGAUAAAAAUCGAGAAUUCGGUAGAAAAGAUGAAACAUAUUCACUUGAAAUGAAGUUGGCCUUAGGUAUUGGUGAUGGAAAUUGCCAGUGAAUUUAAAAACGUACCUGAUAAUAUUAGUAAUUUAACGCGUUUAUGCAGUAAAAUAUUAUUAUUUAAACAUGGGAAGUAUGUUGAAUUUUAUUUCAUACUUUAAAUAAUGUAGUAGCAAUAAUUUAAUUGCGAUUAUAUUAUAUUUAUUUAGUUUUAACUAUUAUUAAAAAUAGUUAAACUUCACUAAUAGUCUAUUAUUACUACGUAACUACGUAAUAAUUGUAAAGUUUGUUAGUACACAACUCUGCGUUAAUCACCAGUCACAAAUCGGCACUUCAUUAAUUAACCUAUCUUAUUAAAGAUAAUUAUAGUGCAUUCACCGCAAAAACUUGGUUGUAUUAAAAACUAUUUAGAUUAACAUAUGUAUGUGUAGAUACUAGGCGCUCGGUCUGUAGGUUGAUUCGGAUUUGAACAUAGGUUUUAAAAACCGAAUCAACCUACAGAACGAGCGCCUUGAUAAUUUACUAUAUAAAUUAUAAGUUAUUAUCUAGACACUAGAUCCUAGAGUGAACGUGCAUGAUUUCGUUAAUGGCCGUUCACAGGUACGACUCCUCUAGUAAGUGGGAAGAUAAAAGCGUCUCUGUAUAGUUGCAUACAAUUUGCCUGGCCAAUCAUACCAUAACACGAACUUACCGAUACAACAUCUCGAGAAAGAGAACACACAAAGAAAUAAUGUAAACGAGGUUGCUAGUAUGUAAGCAGUUGUGUAAAGACGCAUUAAAUUUUUAAUUGCGGUAUUAUAGUUGAUCAUAACAUAAUGAAUUUUAGAAAGCACUAUAUAAUAUUUACUAGGGGAAUUCAAAAUAAAAAAUGUCUUUAUAACCAAUUAUAGGUAAUAUAUUCGUAUAUAAUUAAAAUACAUUAAUUUAUUGCACCUAAUUUAAAUAAUAAUAAUUAAAUUUCUAUAUAAAAAUAUUUUGUUUCUCUUACAACAAGAAUUUAUACUUACAAUAAAAACAUAAAUUUCACAUUACAUUACAAUGUAGGUUGUUUGUAUGAAAGGUCUAAUAAAAGUUGUGUAUAUAUAUAUGCAAAGUUGGUACAAAUUGAAAUUUGUACUUAUUGAACCUUACAUACAAAUUUGAUGCUUUAAGAAAUCUACAUUGAGGUAUAAUAUAGUAUAAUAAUGAAAAUGGCAUAAAACAGUCUAAAAUUCAGCAACAGCAUUUAUGAAACGGUAUAAAUUGGGAAUAUAUUGUGAUAUUCAUAGAUAUAAAAAAAAAAUACAUUUUUACAACACGUAAUUCAUGGUCAUCCGUCAUUCGAGUGUUAGACGUGUGGUUUCAGUUUCAAUGUGGUAUCAUAAGUAUUCUCGAUCUUCCUUGAGGAAAAUGGUUUAGCUAGGUUUAGGUCACUAUUGCUAAAGUUGGAUUUGGGAUUGCUAAACCUUUUGUUAUAUCCAGAAUUUGUAUAUAUUUCGUACUUAGAAUAUUAUUUACAUGACAUUUUUUUUGUUUAUCACUUAAAAAAUACAACAACAACAAUCUUACUUUAAUAAUCAACAUAAAUAAACUAAUUGGUCACUUAAAAAUAAUUGCAAUGCAAUUAAUGCUCUAUAGUGAUAUACAUAUAUAGAUAUAUUCACUAUAGAAUAUAACAACCUGCAGGCUGACUACUGACUGUGGUAUACUAUACUCACAUACCUUCACGAAUGCUAUCCCAGAUGGGGUGUUUUGAGUCAUUGUCAACUAUCGACGUCGUGAUGAGCAGAACAUUUGACAUGCCCAUGUUUUGAUCUUGACCUUCGGGGUUUUACUGCUCGAAUUGGAAUUCUAGUAAAAAUCUGGGCCACUACGCUAGAAUUGGUAUCAAUUUGACUUUGUAAGGUAUAUUUUACGGAUAGGAUAUGUAACUAUGUGUAUAGUUCAUUUAUAUUUAUGCAUUUUUAAUUGAUUUUUUGUGA